AUGCUCGGACGUACUCAUGAUUUUCAGGCUACCCUUCCUAGCACCAUGUCCGCUUCUUAUCCGGGAUCCGUGAUACCACCACAGCCGGGUUCGACGUCCACUGUGAGCCCAGGAGAACCACAACGGAAAGGCUCAUGCUCUAUGAUGCUUGCCAGUAUGGCGAUGACCGUGUGGUCCAGUAAUUGGGUUGAUGAUGCUGUAACAAGACCUAUCCUAGAAUAUGUGCCUGCUAAUGAAGCGCAAGCUCGUCCUUCUAUCAACAAACCUCCCGUGAUUCGCAGAGCAAUUGACGAGUACACUGAACCGGAGCAAGCUGAACCACCUCCAAGAAGUCCCGUAAUAUACCUUAGCAUUGGAGACUUGGAUGUGAUCAUGUUUGAGCAUACCAAACGUGAGCUGAAACGCAUCCCAGUCAACCACAUCGCGGAUGAAUUUGGAAAUAUCAUACUCCCAGCGUAG